AUGGCUUCCCAACUGUACAAGCCGCUUGACACCGAACGACGCGAGACUCGAGUCAUAUCUCUUCUCCCCGGCAGGUGGUCUGAGAUUGUUGCCUGCGAGCUGAGCGUAGUUUCUCUGGAUGACAAGCCAGAGUACGAAGCCUUGUCCUACGUAUGGGGAGACCCCGAAAACACCUUGCCGAUGCUGCUCAAUGCACAUACCGUCCAAGUGACAGUCAAUCUGAGGAACGCACUUCGCCGCCUGCGACGACGUAAUGCCCGUAUCAUCUGGGUUGACGCUCUCUGCAUUCAUCAAGGUGACUUGCACGAGCGUUCCCAGCAGGUCAGCAUCAUGACCGACAUCUACAAGGGAGCGAUCGCUGUACAGAUCUAUCUUGGUGAGAGCCGAGUCUUGGACACGAUAUCCGAGGAAGAACAGGCGACUUGGGACCUCGUGGACCAACCACCCCGAACCAUCUGGGGUCGAUUUAAUGAAGAUGCGGACGCGGCAGAUUAUGCAAAAAUUAUCGCAUUCCACAACAUACAGAAGCGUGCAGAUGGCCCCGCCAAUUUCGGCAGUCUAACCGAAUGGCUCAGGCAAGCAGAUCUUGGAGCAUUUGCGAUUAUGCGCUAUCUCGCCGACGGGAAGUGUUUCACCGAUUGCCUACGCAGGGACGCCGGUUCGCCGAUAUGGGUAGCCGCGUUGGAGUCUUUGAAGCACCUUUUGGAUAGCCCAUGGUGGCGACGUGUCUGGACCUUUCAAGAGGCCAUGGCUCCACAACUAGCAACUGUCAUCUACGGCGAAAACGAAGCCCCAUUGGAUGUGGUCGAGGACUCCGGGUCAGUGAUCUGGCCGUUGCAUAUUGAGGGGCCCCAACGCUGUUGCAAGGAGUUCUUCUUUAGUCUCCCGGUGGAGCAGCGAGAUAUCCUUAUGAGUUUCGUGACUGCCAUGACCGAUCAGGAGCGGUGCCACCACUCUCACUACAUGUACGAAUGUCCUCAGACAGAACGUUUACAAGAGCUCCUCCAAUACACGCGAGGGAGAGUGGCAUCCGAUGCUCGCGAUAAAGUCUUCGCUCUUCUAGGACUGGUCCGCCACCUUCCAGAUCCUGUAACAAUCCUUCCCGAUUAUUCCAUGACAACCGCACAAGUGUACACCAGGACAGCAAUUGAGCUCAUUCGUCAUGCCAACAAUCUGGACAUUCUCAUGACCUACGAGAUCAAAGACAUUGUUUCACCGAUUCCGUCAUGGGUGCCCGAUUGGAGCUCAUCCGGGAACGACGAGCGCGCCGAUGUAUGGAUACAUAGCCGUGCACUGGAGUUCAACGCUGGCCCAUGCGGCGCCGGGCAAGUAGCAGAUUUGCGCGACGAUCGAGUGCUUGUUAUCAAUGGGCUACAAGUCGAUGCAGUAUCCAACAUUACGGCGCCCUUGGCAAAAGAAUCCGAUGUAAUCUCUACGAGGCUCCAUGAGUGGUUAAGUGCCCUCUAUGGGUACUACAAGACUCGUGGCUGGCACUUGGACGAAUUCUACCCCGGCGCAGCGAGUCUAACGGGGGCCUUGACCGGCAGAAAUUCUCUUUCCAAAGGCUCGCACACCGUACAAGAUGCAUUGUGGCGCACGUUGAUAGGCGACCUCAUGCUCGAGCGGUACAGCAUCCACAGACGAGCUACCCCAAACGACGAGUUGAGGUUCUCCCUCUGGUUCAAGAACGAGUAUUCCGGUCUCUACGAUUAUGAGAACUUCUAUCUCAUCAACGACGUGGAUGCCCCGACGGAAAGCGUAGAAGAGCCCCACCCCGAGAUUGAAUCUGUUCUCUCCACUUUGCGAGACGCGGGACACCGCUUUCGCGUCGUCAUGCCCCGCCCACCAGAACCUAGGGUGAUCAAGUUCUCCGACUACAUCGCGCCAAUCGGUCGCGCGUUUUGGGAGGCGAAUGAUGGUAGAUCGUUUUUCGUCACGUCGAGGGGAUACAUGGGUUUUGGGCCCCGGGAUAUGAGGGAGGGCGAUCUGUUGUUUGUGUUGGUGGGUGGCAAGGUUCCGUUUGUCCUAAGGCAGGUUUCGGGUGGUGUGGAAUAUGAGGGAUUUACUGAAGAGGAAAAGGCUAGAGUGUAUUCCCUGGUGGGAUAUUGCUACGUGCAUGGGAUUAUGGACGGAGAAGCUAUUCGUGGUCAUGAAGACGAGGUCGGCCAGAUAUUUCUUCUGUGA